AGCGCGCUCCGCGGACGCAGGUCCAUUUCAGCCAAUCCCAGCGCGCGCCUUGGACGACCGCCAAUGGGAGCUCCGAGCAGCGCGGGGUCGGGCGGUCGCGGCGGGCGGCGGGAAGGCGCGAGGAUGGCGGGCCGGCGCGGGGCCUUCAUCGUGCUGGAGGGCGUGGACCGCGCGGGGAAGAGCACGCAGAGCCGCAAGCUGGUGGCCGCGCUGUGCGCCGCGGGGCACCGCGCCGAGCUGCUCCGCUUCCCGGAAAGAUCCACUGAAAUUGGCAAACUUCUGAGCUCUUACUUGGAGAAGAAAAGCGAGGUGGAGGAUCACUCGGUGCACCUGCUUUUCUCCGCAAACCGCUGGGAGCAAGUGCCGCUAAUUAAGAAGAAGUUGAGCCAGGGCAUCACCCUCGUUGUUGACAGAUACGCAUUUUCUGGUGUCGCCUUCACCAGCGCUAAGGAGAAUUUUUCCCUGGAUUGGUGCAAGCAGCCGGAUGUAGGCCUCCCCAAGCCGGACCUGGUGGUGUUCCUUCAGUUACGGUUGGCGGAGGCUGCCAGGCGGGGAGAGUUUGGCCGCGAACGCUACGAGAAUGGGAACUUCCAGGAGCGGGCGCUGCAUCGCUUCCACCAGCUGAUGGCGGAUGAGACUUUGAACUGGAAGAUCCCACAGACAAGUGAGAUGUGACGGUGUUCGUCCUUCUCUGUGUGACUUAUUCACGGAGCAGGACGCACUCUCGUGCCACCCGUGUUGUUGCCGAUGGCCAGAGCUCAUCUUUCUGUAUGGCCGAGUGAUGUCCCACUGUGUGCAUGUUGGUGACGUUCCCUUUCGCCACUUGGCUCAGUGCUGUUUGCCAGGCUUCUCCAAGGUGACGUUCCUUUUUCUCCCUCUGUGAUUAAUAUUUUGUGAUGAGAUUCUUAUAAACCAUGUAAAAAUCUCACACUCGUAUGUUCAGCUUCCCUGUACAUUUAUAUCCGUACGGAUUCGUGUUUCUGUUUGACUCACCGCGGUCUGUGCCGCCCGCCCCGCCACCCCACCCGGCAGCUCCCGGUACCGUCUCGUAGGUCCCUGCACGAUGGGGACACUUACUGCUCCCCGGCACAUCAGUAGUUUCUGGGUUCAUCCUAUACACGCCCAGCCCCGCGCUGGAAUCGGCUGCCUCCCCCGGUGUCCGUGCUUCCGUCGUGUGGAGAAAGCUAUUCUGAAGCCGUGCCCGGGGCCCAGGUGCUUGUUGCCAUGGCGCUGUCGCUGCUCCCAGGCCCUCAAGGACCAGAGAUGUAGUGUAUACGCGAUAUGCCUGCGUGUACAAGUUUAUAUGUAAUAUGCGUGUGCGUGGUGUGCCUGUGUGCGAGUGUACAUUUGUGUGUACGCGCAUGCGUAGUAUCCCCGUGCACGGGUUUAUAUGCCGUGUGUGUGUGCGCCCGCCGUGUAGUAUGCCCGUGUACAAGGUUAUACCUGGUUCGCGGUUUGCAGUAAGCAAUCCCAGAAGCCUUCAGGUGGGUGUCGCCAUGUGGGGUCUCGGGCUGUGCAGGAGAUCACUGUGAGCCGGGCAGUCAGACCGCACGGAGUGGUCAUACCCACCUCUGAGCGAGUCUACACCCCCCUCAGCGUCUCCAGAAUUGGCUGCCCCAGAGGCCUCAUCAGGGCUGAGCCUGGACCGGCAGUGAGCCAGGGCACCCCCCUGAGCACACAGAAGCUUCUGUCCAGCGCCGUCCUCCUCGCCCCGGGCGGAGAGCAGUGUCUCGGAUGGCUGACUCCCUUAGUGACCCGAGGUCCUCAUGCUUUUCACGGGAGGGCACAGCAUCCACGCAUGGGGGGGGAGAGCCCCCCAGCUGGUCAGGAUGAAACCGUCUUCCCAGGGAGGAGAGGAUUCAGACCCAGGGCUGGCUUCUGUGCAGAACUCCCUUGAGCCCGGAGCAGCAUCUGGGCGUGGCCUCGGAGGGACAGGCUCUCCCUGCCUCUGCGGAUCGGAGCUCCACUGGCUGAGCGGGGAGGGUGUCUCACUGACGUGCAGGCCCCCACGAGCUGGCGGGGGGAAGGUCUGAUCAGGAACAAGACUGGGUGUUUCUUCUGUGUCUGGGCCGCAGCAGGAGUGCGGGUCGGCUUCAUCCCAAGGACACAGGCAAAGUCCACCCUCCUCAGCCAAGGGCAAAGGUCAGACAGAGGUGUCGGAAGGCCCCGAAGGUGUGCUGUGCCCUUCUAGAAGCCCGCCCUGACUGAAACCCCUACACGCGGAGAAUAGGGAAAGCGUUAACCACUCUCUCCUUCUGCC